GAUAAGCUGAUAACUGUUGAAUAUGCAAAAGUACUUGAAAUCACAGAUAUAUAAAAAUACAAUAAUAUAUUUUUAUAAAUUCGUGCCUUAAACAGUGUAUGAACAAUAACGAAAUAUUGAUCAGUGCAGGUCACCAUCAUCUCACCAAUGUGCAGCGUAAAUGAUGAAGGUGCUGAAAGCUUCGAAGAACUUAAACCCGAUGAACCAUUAGAAUUAAAAUGCCGUAAAUGUUUAACUGAAGAUGGAAAUGUCAUUUUACGUAAAAAAGAUGUAUAUUGCAAGACUUGCUUUAUACCUAUGGUGACUCAUAAGUUUCGUGCUACUCUUGGCAAGUCAAAAUUAGUAAACAAAGGUGAACGUGUUCUUGUAUGUGUUAGUGGUUCUCAAAGUUCAGUAUCCUUACUGCAUUUAGUCUGGACAGGCCUUCAACAAUCUACUUAUAAAAGAUUAACAUUUGAUCCUGUAAUAGUAUACAUUGAUGAGAGUAUUUUAUUUAAAUACCCUCAAAAUCAACAAAAUAAAAUUCAAGAGUUAUUUGAAAAAUAUGGUUUAUCUUAUCACAUAGUAUUAUUUGCUUCAGUCCUUUAUUCAAAUAAUUGUUUAAUUGAGGACACAAAUAUUGAUCAACAUAAUAAUAAGUUAAAAAAUAUUUUUAAAAAUAUAUCUGAUCUUACAUUAAAAGAAGACAUGUUAAUGAAACUUCGAAAACAUGCCAUAACUAAAUUAGCAAAACUAUUAGAAUGUACACGAAUAAUAACAGCAGAAAAUGAACAUAAACUAUCCAUUCGAUUGCUUUCUAAUGUUGCUUUAGGACGUGGAUCACAAAUCGGUUUGGAUAUAGGUCUUGCUGUUAAUGAUAAAACAAAUAGUAAAAAAUCUUUGAUAACUAUACGACCAUUGAGAGAUUUGUCUGCUAAGGAAAUCUCAUAUUAUGCUUUGUUCAAUAAGUUGGAAGAUUAUGUUCAUUCAAAUUUUUUAACAGCUACAAAUGAAGAUGAAUCGAUACAAAAAACCACAGAGCAAUUCAUAAAUAAUUUACAAGUUGAAUUUCCUUCUACUGUGUCAACAAUAUUUAGAACUGGAGAAAAAAUAUCAGAAAAAACUUCUCGUACAGCUUACUGCUCUAUGUGUCAAGGCAUUAUGGAUAUUGAAAUGCCACCUUCAUCAGCAAUGGAAGCAACAAAAUAUUCAAAAUAUGUUUCACUAAUGGGCCUUAAAGCUUUAGAACUUAGUUUAAACAACAUUGACAAUAAAGAAUCUGACCUAAAGCGUUGUAAUGGAUGUUAUUGUAAAAAUAAUCAAAAUUCAAAAGAAGAAUUAUUAAAAAACUUGUGUUACGCGUGUAGACACAUAAUUCAAAAUUUGGAGUCUUUGGAUGAUUUACCUGAAGAAAUACUAAAGAAAAAUUCAGAAAAAUUGCAAUUUCAAAAAAUGGAAGAACAAAUAAAAGAUUUUUUGUUAUGA